UCAGUACGCCUGUCAGCAGUAUGAAAGUGAUAUCAGCUGGAUUUCCCAAAACUGGGACUAAAACAAUGACUGUUGCUUUGCAAAUAUUAGGAUUCAAUGUUUAUGAUUACAUGGAAAACACUACGAUUUUAGGCAACGAUUGGGUAAAGAUUUUCAGAGAUGGAUGGACCACCGAAGAUUUCAAAAGAAUGUACGAAAAUGUAGACGCGGUUUCUGACCUGCCUCCGUCCUACUUUUGGGAGGAAAUUCAUAAAGCUUUCCCGGAAGCAAAAAUUAUUCUGAGUAUCAGGGAUGAAGACUCGUGGUAUAAAAGUUUCUUCAAGCAGUUUACAGCCAAUGAGUCAAGCUGGGCGUUGAAAAUAAUGUCACUUUUAUCACCAACUGGCUAUUGGUCACUCAAGAUAAUUUACGAUCAUUUCAUUGGAUCUGUGAUUUUCGGUUUCAGAGAUUCAUUGCUCUGGAAGCCAUUUAGUCGAUUAUCCUUCAACGAACAACUUAUGAAAUUAAAAUACAGAACGCACAACGCAAACGUACUUCAGAAUGCACCCCCUGAAAAACUUCUGGUUUAUAAUUUUCACGAAGGAUGGGAACCUUUAUGCAAGUUUUUAGGCGUUCCAGUACCAGAUGUUCCAUUUCCUCACAAAAAUAAAGGCGCGGAUAUUUUAAAAGAAUAUCUUGCCAAGGAUUCAAUUAUGAUCAAGAUCGAGAAAGAAACAAUGUUUUCUAUGGGUAUCAUUUCUGUUCUUGGAUGUAUUGGGGGAUACUAUGUGUUCAAAAAGGGACCGCGAAAUAUUUGGAGCUCUGUGAACGACGUAGCCAAAACUAUGUGCCAAAAAAUCAGACUGUCUUAAUUUUUAAACAAUUUAGACUGUAUCAUAUAUGUGAUUACUUUGCAAACUCCAAACCCAUACAUAAUUAUCAAUAGAAUAGGAAUUUAUCUUGGUUGUAUUCUUUAUAACUUUUCUCAUCAUUGCAAACUAAAAAUAGGAAUUUUAUGAAAAAAAACUUCAACUGGCUUUUUGAAUAUAGAUUAAACGCACCUUUUUGAUAAUGUAAUUUAUUGCAUUUUGGUUGCGCUGAGUCUCAAAGAGUCCUGCGCUGCACGAUACCAUGAACAGUUCGGUAAAAUGAUCAUUUGUCCCGUGGAACUUUACUUAAGAUUUUGGCUAUUGGAGUACUAGAUUCAUUAUUUGGAUAUAUUGAACGU